CAACUCACAGGUUUUUCAGCCGUACGUGUUGCGAACUCGCAGGAACAGUACAACAGUUAUGAGCCGUCACAGUAUGUUGUUGUCAUCAUCUCCUAUUCGUAUUCCUAGUAGCCGACUUCAUCAGAUCAGAAGGGAGGAAGGAGUGGAUUUAAUGAACAGAGAAACAGCACAUGAAAGGGAAGUGCAAACAGCAAUGCAGAUAAGCCAGUCAUGGGAGGAAAGCUUAAGCCUGAGUGACAAUGACUUGGACAAGUCUGAGAAAUCUUCCUCCCCAAAGAGAAUAGACUUCAUUCCAGUUUCGCCUGCACCUUCACCUACAAGAGGAAUAGGAAAGCAAUGUUUUUCACCAUCAUUGCAAAUGUUUGUGAGCAGUAAUGGAUUACCUCCAAGUCCUAUUCCCAGUCCAACAAGGCGAUUCUCCAACAGGAGGAGUCAAAGUCCAAUCAACUGCAUCAGGCCCAGUGUUCUUGGCCCCAUUAAAAGAAAAG